UCUACUCUCUAAUACUUUUCUUCCUAAAGCUUUAUAGAAGUAGUAGAAGAAGAGGUGGAGAAGAGAAAAGGAAGAUGUUAGGGAUGACAAUAUCCGCCAACAUAGCCAAACGAGCCAUCCUAUUCUACUCUGCAACCAAUGCAGUGCCAUUAGUUUCAGCUACAAAACAUUUAAAGGCCCCUCGUCCUUAUCUGUCUCUCUCACCACCACUUUCCCGGGAGGCUAGUUUGGUUACUGCUGCUCCACAUCUUCAUCUUGUGAAGGGGAAGGUAGUAGCCCAUGACACAUCAGAGUCUGAUCCAGCGGCUAAUGGUCCUCCGGAGAUCCCAUCAGUGCCGGAAUACGUACCGUCUUUUCCACCGGAGGUGCUGGGACCUAAUAGCACACCUUCGGAGGUGGAACCACCGGUGGGGCCGGAAAUAGUACCUGAUCCUGUCCCGAGAAAGCCCCCACUUGAACCUCCAACUGGGCCGGAUUUCCCAGGCCCACCAACUCCUUCGCCACCAGGUCCCGACAUACCAUUACCGCCGCCGCCGAAUACCGUUCCACCACCACCGCCGGACGUUGUACCAUCAAGGCCGCCUGAAAUUGUGCCUCCGCCUCCAAACAUGCCCCCCCACAUCACCCCUCCUGCAGGCCCUUUCGCUGUGGCAGGGAGAGGGACCGCCUCUUGAAUUUAGUAUUUCUUUGUUUUCUUGUAUUCUCAUACAGAUCAGAGAUGUAAUGGGAAAAACCUGAAUUGAUGUUGUUUAUUUUGACGUUCGAGUA